AUGGAAGACAUCGAUAAAUCCGCAGUGGAGCCGGUACUAAGAGGUCUCAAGGCAGCGGUUGAGGCAUAUCUUGGCAACUCUAUAUGUUUUGUUAAAGUCGCUUUCUCUCCAAGAGACAUGAACAAUGGCUACCUCGCUGAUGUUGUUGCUGGAGCAGUCCGACGGAGUGGGCUUGUAGAAGUCUGGGCUGAACGACCUACAGCUCCUGUACUUGCUCUUUUUAGCAAAUGGUUGGACGAAGGCGAUUUUGGUCUCCCUGGAAGUCUCGUUCUUGUCAUCGAUAAAAGUGAAUAUGGUUUCCAACUCGCUUUGAUCUACCAGGAAGAAGGCUUGGCAGAUGUUUUCCGCCACAAUUAUCAUCUCUAUACUGGAACAGAAAAUGCUACUGAUAGGGCGUCAUCGUUCCAACAAACCCUCGAGGACAUUAUCAAGCCACCGUUCAACUACAAAUUUUACGGUAUAAAAGUUCCACAGAAUAUCAAGGACCUUGUAAUCUACGGUGAUAACAUCUGGAACCCUGACUUUCGAAGCACUCUCGAUGCAACUCUCGACGCACGUCUCAUUCACGGUGCAUACCAACGUCAGCCAGUCUACGCUCCUGCUAGAGGACUUGCUUGA